GGUUUCCUUUAAUCUGCAGUGAUGGGCAUUUGCUCACAGCGCCCCCAGCUGGAUGGGCGCGAAACUGAAGCUGAAUCCGGACGUAACCAACGCCUAGUAGCGCAGAGGAGCGAUGCAGACAAUAAAAUGUGUGGUGGUCGGGGAUGGAGCUGUUGGGAAAACCUGCCUCCUCAUCUCCUACACAACCAACAAAUUCCCUUCAGAAUAUGUUCCCACGGUGUUUGAUAAUUAUGCUGUCACUGUUAUGAUUGGAGGUGAACCCUACACACUGGGUCUUUUCGACACAGCAGGUCAGGAGGAUUAUGACAGACUGCGGCCACUCAGCUACCCUCAGACAGAUGUUUUCCUUGUCUGCUUCUCUGUUGUCUCUCCCUCCUCUUUUGAAAACGUCAAAGAGAAGUGGGUGCCAGAGAUUUCCCAUCACUGUCCUCGUACUCCGUUCCUGCUGGUGGGCACCCAGGUGGAUCUGAGAGACGACAGUAAUACAGUGGAGAAACUAGCCAAGAACAAACAGCGCCCCAUUUCGCCCGAGAGCGGUGACAAGCUGGCCAGAGACCUCAGAGCUGUCAAAUAUGUGGAGUGCUCUGCUCUCACCCAGAGAGGACUGAAGAAUGUGUUUGACGAGGCCAUACUGGCAGCACUGGAGCCUCCAGAGACCAAACCGAAGAAGCGCUGCACUCUGCUGUAGAGGACGACAGGGGUUGAGGGACACACUCCUCAGAGAAAGAGAGGGAGAGGGGACAGCACAGUAAGGGAUUAUGGGAUGGGAGGGUUUACCUAUCAGACUUAAAAAGGUUAGUUAAAAAUGGAAACAGCAAAGAGAAAGAAAAUGUGAAAAGAACGGGAGAUGGGCUUAACAGUGUUUAAGAAAUUAAAAAACAAAACUGCACACAGUGCCUUCAAAAUCUUACACAAUGUCAAAGAAAAACUUGAAUCAGCAGCUCUUCUGACCCAAGCUAGGAAAUAAUAAAAUGCUUGUGAAAAGUUGGAGCACUUUAAGUGGGACUGUAUAUCGUAUAUCUGAAUCUCCUUCAGCUGCAGACUGGCAGCUCAUCACUGAGCAACAAACCAGGCCUUCGGUUCUCAUUCUGCAAGACUUGACAAAGCCAACCAUUGGCUAGAAUACAUAAUUGUUUCGCAUUUGCCCUCAUAAAAAAAUACAAAUGCUUUUUAAUUUAAUUAAGGUAACCAGUACUGUGUUCUUUGUCUUACAGUCUUAAAUCUGUAAGAAAAACAUUCCAAAAAGUGAAAGAUGCCUCUUACCCUUAUUUAGAUGGCCACUAAAGAGAUUUCUAUCAGGCAGUUGCUCUUGUUGUUUUAUUGUGGUCAGCCAGAGUGUUCUUAAGACUUACACACACCUACUCUUUUCAAAAAAUAUUUACAGGAUCAUUUUUGUGUAAUUUUAAGAGCUUUUGUCCAGAGAUGCAAAGAGGAUCUUACUAUUAAAAGAAACCCUUCUGUAGAUCCUCGACCAGGAUUCUUACUUCGCUUGUGGAGCUCUGGAUGUUGUUCCCCUGCAGGUUGUAUAAAGAACUGCAUUUUUACAAAAAUAUUGUUUUUAAAGCCACGUUCAGGAGCUGUAUAUCUUCAAAGCAGUGGACAGCUGAGCCAGGAUCAGCUGUAAGUAUAUUAACAAUAUGUAAUAGUAAGUGUUGGUGCUGUUUGAAAGCCACUGUUCAUGCAGUCAGCAGGGUGCAGAAGCUUGUGACUGGGGCUUUUAUGCCGUACUGUAUUGAAGGAAUGUUCCAGCAUUUUUCAUUCUAAUCUCUAUUUAACAGAUCUGUUAGCAAAGCAACAGUUGGCACACAGCAGUGUUAGUUUACCACUAUGUUGGUAAAAUAUUACCACAGGUUGUAGUUACUAGUUACAUGUCUAAAGGAUGGAUUAUACAGAUUUACAGCUUAAUUUACAAAUAGCUUUGAAGAAUUCAUGAAAUUAUUCUAUAAAAAUGUGCUUUGCAUAAACGAUUAGUGACAAAACACAGCAACUGCCAGUGGGCUUCUAUUAAAUGUGUUUCAAGUCUAUGGGUUUUCAGUCCUUUUCUUUUAAAAUACAGAGAAACAUGUUGUUGCUGUCCCUGGAAAUCAGUCGUAUGCUACAUAUGUAGCAGAUAGUGAUUAGGUUGAAAGAUGCUGGAAUAUUCCUUUACAAGUCUUACUUUCUUUUUGGGGUGAAUAAAUUUAGUAGUAAUGCGCUUUGAAACUUGAGUUGUUUUUGUUGUUGUUGUUUUUUUUUUAUGUUUUUUUUUCUUUUCAUUUUUGAUAGACAUAUUUUGUGAUUUACUGCUAAUGUAACAGUUUGAAAUGUGCUCUCUUGAAUAACCAUUUUACCAACAAAAAAUAGAGGUCUUAAAUAUGGCUUUUUCUUAGUCCAGCUCUGUGGUGUUUUUAAUUUCACUAUAUUUGUAAUAAAAGUGGUGCAACUGACA